UGUUAAUUAAGAUUCUAAUCCUAUGAUUACUAAUACUAGCUAUGAUAACAAAAAUAAGAAUCAGUGAGUUUUAGAUUUAGAGACAAGAGAGAGAUACAUUACCUUCUUCAUAGGAGAGUCUUUCUUUCUUCUCCCCUCCUGCAUUCCUCAAAUUUUAUCUUCCCAAUAAAACCCAACACAGAAGAAAGUUUAAAAGGGGAUUUUGCGGGAGAUGAAAGUCGGAGCUCCGAGAAAGAUUCGUAGUUGGGUCGUAUUCCAAGUUCUUCUUCUGCAUCUCCUUCCUCAAGCUGUUCAUUCUCAGAGAUCACAAAACAAACUUAACAUCACAAAGCCUGGAGAAAACAUAUCAUCCCUAACAAUCCAGCUAAGGGGAGUUGGUAACGACAAGGUGGUCGUUGAUAAUGGUAUUGUUCAAGUUACUUUCUCGAGCCCGCAAGGUUCGAUAACUGGAAUCAAAUACGAUGGCAUCGACAAUGUAUUGGACGACGAAGUUGACGAACGUCGCCGUGGGUAUUGGGACGUAGCCUGGUAUGAACCGGAAAAGAAAUUUAAAACUGACAAACUAGAAGGAACUAGAUUUGAAAUCAUAACUCAGAACGAAGAACAAGUUGAGAUUUCAUUUACAAGGACGUGGACGAUCUCUAAACGUGGCUCCUUGGUCCCCCUAAAUGUAGACAAAAGGUACAUUAUUCGAAGUGGUGUCUCCGGAAUAUACAUCUACUGUAUAAUGGAGAGGUUAGAAGGCUGGCCCGACGUGGACAUGGACCAAAUUAGAAUCGUAUUCAAGCUCAACCACACAAUAUUUAAUUUCAUGGCAAUAUCUGAUGACCGGCAGAGAAGCAUGCCGUCCAUGGCAGAUCGGAACCAUGCUAUGCAAUUAGCUUAUAAAGAAGCUGUUCUUUUGACAAAUCCAAGGAACCCUAUGUUCAAAGGAGAGGUAGACGAUAAGUAUAUGUACUCAAUGGAAGACAAAGAUAACAACGUUCAUGGUUGGAUCUCGUCGGAGCCACCGGUUGGGUUUUGGAUGAUAACUCCAAGCGAUGAGUUCCGACUUGGUGGGCCGAUCAAGCAAGACCUGACUUCUCACGCGGGACCAAUCACCCUCUCCAUGUUUACGAGCACGCACUACGCGGGAAAAGAGAUGAGAAUGGGCUACAGAAAUGGAGAACCAUGGAAGAAGGUGUUUGGACCUGUGUUGGCUUAUCUAAACUCUGUCUCUCCCAAUGCUUCCACUCUUCGUCUAUGGAGAGAUGCCAAACGACAGAUGGCUGAAGAGGUCAAAAGCUGGCCUUUUGAUUUUGUACAUUCAGAAAAUUACCCUCUUAGUAAUCAAAGAGGAACAAUCCAAGGGCAGUUCUAUAUCAAAGAUAGUUACGUGUCAAGGUUAAAUAUAUAUGGGAAAUUUGCUUUUGUUGGUUUGGCACCAGUUGGUUAAGCCGGUUCAUGGCAAACCAAAUCCAAGGGGUAUCAGUUCUGGACGAAAGCUGACAGAAAAGGGAGAUUCAUUAUAGAGAAUGUGAGGGCAGGCAACUAUAGUCUCUACGCCUGGGGUAUAGGUUUUAUUGGUGACUACAAAUAUGAGCAAAACAUUACCAUCACGCCAGGUAGCGAGAUGAACGUAGGGCCCAUAGUGUAUGAGCCGCCGAGAAAUGGUCCAACGUUGUGGGAAAUCGGUGUACCGGACCGAACAGCCGGAGAAUUCUAUAUACCGGAUCCUUAUCCUACACUUAUGAACAACCUCUACGUUAAUCCACUUCAAGACAGAUUCAGGCAAUAUGGAUUAUGGGAUCGUUACUCAGAUUUAUACCCAGAAAACGAUCUUGUCUAUACAAUCGGUCUAAGUAAUUACAGAAGAGAUUGGUUCUUUGCACAUGUUACCAGAAACGUUGGAAACAAUACAUACCAACCAACGACAUGGCAAAUCGUAUUCAACUUACAGAAUUUGAACCGGGUCGGACUCUACACACUCCGAGUAGCUCUAGCCUCAGCCGCUGAUUCAGAACUACAAGUUCGGAUCAACGAUCCAGAAUCCGAUCAUAUUUUUACGACUGGUUUAAUCGGAAAAGACAAUGCGAUUGCGAGACAUGGGAUUCAUGGGUUAUAUAGAUUGUACAGUAUCGAUGUUGCGGGAAACUUACUAGGCGCUGGUGAUAACACGAUAUAUUUAACUCAAUCGAGAAGUACAACACCAUUUCAAGGUGUUAUGUAUGAUUAUAUUCGUCUUGAAAGUCCUUUUAAAACUUGAAAAGAAGUAGAUAGAUUUAAAACAAUUAACGGUAGAUGGAAUUUAAAUUGUUUUUUUUUUCUUUCUUUCUUCUUUUCUAGAGUUGGUUUUUAGUUAUUUGACUGGAAUGUAAUAUCAACUAGAC